AUGGAAAACAUCAGCCAGUUUCCUGAUGAUAUACUUUUGAAGGUACUAUCGUUUCUUCCAACAAAAGUUGCUGCAAGCACGAGUGUUUUAUCGAAGCGAUGGGAGUUUCUUUGGAUGUGGUUGCCUAAACUUGAUUACGAAUCUAGCAAUUGCUCAAAUGAUUAUUACUCUACAUUACAGAGUUUUAUCAUUUUUAAUCUGCCAUUACAUAAAGCUCCGAUCAUCGAAAGCUUGCGUGUCAAGAUUCUUACUCUGCGCGUUUACGAUAUCCAUACGUGGGUUUUAAUUGCAGUUUCUCGCUGCGUCCGUGAGUUACGUCUCAACGUGGAUUUUUUUUAUAAUGACAAUGUUGUUGGGUUACCCAGUAGUUUGUAUACCUGCAAAUCGCUAGUAAUCUUGGAACUGAUAGGCUGUUUUUCCGUGGAUGUUCCUCGUAUGGCUUGUUUCCCAUCCCUGAAAACUUUGAUCCUUGUACGUGUGUGGUACGAAGACGCAAAAUCUCUUUGCCAAAUUCUUUCCAACUCCCCUGUUCUUGAGGAUCUAGUGGUGGAACGAACUCAACAUGACGAUCAUAUUAAACCAUUUACGUUGAGUGUUGCUGUCCCGUCCUUGCAGAGAUUAACCCUAAAGAUAUCUAGAGGAAUUUCUUUUGAAGGGCUUGUGAUAAACACUCCUUCUUUGAAGUCUUUGACUUUCAGUGUUAAGGAUUAUAAAGGUGACGAAUAUUAUGUAAGUGAUAGUGAUGAUGAUGAUGAUAGUUACUCCUACGAUUUUGAAGUUAUGCCCAAGUUGGAGGAGGCAGAUAUUGAAUCGCCACACCCUGAUAUCAACAAGUUUGUUAGGUCAAUCACAUAUGUCAAGCGGCUUUCGUUAUGCAUAUGUGUCAAUGCUGAAGAGGCUUUAUAUGGUGAGGGUAUUGUCUUCAACCAGCUUCAGCAUUUAAAGCUAUGUUCAUGUGAUCCAAAUUGGUCAAUAUUACUUGUCCGGUUACUCAACGAUUCUCCUAAUUUACGAGAGCUCCAUGUCUAUCUAAAGGAGGAUCAUACAAAUAGUUGUUUGGAUCCAACGGUUUGCUGGGAGGAUCAACUUGAUUGUGUUCCUGGCUGUUUGUUGACGAGUCUCGAAACAUUCAAGUGGACAGGGAUAUCUGGAUCGCAGAAAGAGAUAGAUCUGUGA